AUGUACAGUGCCCUUCUCUUCAGCGUCAUUGCCACUCUACAACUCCACAAUGUUAUUAUCACCCAAGCUUUCAUCACAGAACAUCACAGACAUCGAAGUUCUCGAUCCGAAGUUUCAGCGGUGACACCCCUUCUGGCAGCAUCGAAUAUCGAUGAUUUCUUUCCCACUGACGACAGUGACAAGAACCGCUUUGAUGUGGAAGCUCUACGCCAACGAUUCGAAUCUUUGGCCUCCAACACUGGGCCUUCGAUCUAUAGCAGUGCCAUGCAAGAACAACCGAAUCUUGCAGAAAAAGAACCCCUAUCAAGCCCUGUUCUAUUGCUAACUGCUACUGAUUCUUCUGUGCCACUCCGCGAAACACCAGCGCUGGAUGUGGCCAUUGAACCCCGACCUCCGCUCACAAGCAUUGAACGAGAGCGUCGAUCUGCAGAGAUUGAGCUUCUAGGCCACCUUACCUACGGUGAAGAAGCUGUCAAGGAAAUUUACAACCUCUGGUUCGCCGAACGUGGAGCUGCGGCUUCCAAGCUUCUGCACCAAUCGAGGGAGCUGAUGGAACAAGGUCCCAAGGAGCAAGAUGAAGCUGAAGCAAUCCUUCUUGCCCUAAUCGACGACUAUGGUGUAUACUUUACAGAACCCUUGAACCAACUUGCAAUUCUUUACCACGUACAAGGUCGCUAUGAAAAAGCAUUGCAGCUCAACAAAAUUGUUCUUUCCAUCAAGCCAUGGCAUUUCGGGGCUCUUUCUCACAUUGUUAUGGUCUAUGCUGCCAUGGGUGAUCAGAUGUCGGCUCGCCAGUGGGCAUACUUUCGUCUCCCGACAUUUUCCAAUGGUGGUUCUAAUCAAAGAAGAUCACGCUGGGUGGAACGAGCUGUUGUCGAAGCGACUGUUCGCCUUCACCAAGGAGAAAAGAACAAUGCCAAAUCGUUCGGAAUCUCCGACCGCGAAUGGAUUGCCAAACAAGGCAAUAAGUUCAACAAGUUCGAGUCUAAUGAUGCCAACUCCUGGCAGUAA